AUGGACCGACAUCAGCCCGAGUCUCUCUCUGAUGGAUCUACGGCAUGUCACAAUGAUGAGCACAAAAAACCUUUGAAACCAAGCAAAUUGCUUUUGGCGACCUUGUACUUUGGUGCAUUUCUAGGAACAACCGAUGAGAGCUUCGUGCUUAUUACCUCCCACCACAUCGCACAAGAUUUAGGGCAAGCUUCGUCUGCAUUUUGGCUCAUAACAGGGUAUAACCUUGGUUAUUCGAUAGCACUGCCAAUCUACGGUAGGAUCUAUGAGAUUUUAGGUCAACUAAAGGCCUUCCUGCUUGCCUACGUGUUAUAUGCAGUUGGGGCCGCCGUGAUGGGCUCCGCAAAGCCUUUGCCUGUAGCAAUUAUCGGGCGGCUCUUGGCGGGCCUUGGUGGGGCCGGGAUGGUAGAUCUUGCGUCAGUUGCUUUGAACGAGAUGGCGGACCUACGGCAGGUGGCUGUACUGAGAAGUUACCUUAUGGCCUGCAUCGUCCUUGGAGGACUUGCUGGUGCCCCUUUGGGGGCCUUUCUUACCAGUGUAUUAGGAUGGAGAAUAUCGUUUUUCCUCCAUAUACCGUUAGUAUUUAUUUGCGCUAUCAUCACUACAUUCAAGCUCUUUGCCGGUUCCAGGGCCUCGUCAAAAGAAACAGGCCACAGGAAUGAAGAGAAUUGCCCAAAGAAGCCGGCUACAGAUCGCCCGUCGCUCGAUAUGGGAGGAAUCAUCACCUUGACCUGCACUAUCGUCGCCUUUGUUCUUCUUAUUCAGCUUUCAACGGAGUACGAUCUGAGCGGUUCUCACAUAGGUAUUCCUAUAGGUCUUGGGGUUGCUCUUCUGGUCUGUGCCACACUAUUCGGCAUCGUUGAAGUCAAAUGGGCUAGCAACCCUGUGAUUCCGUUCCAACUUGUGAAGACCACUCAAGUUGGUCAGAUAUGGGGUGCCACCUUCUUCUCCUCGAUGGCCAACUUUGUUCUGAUCCCUCUCUCCUACAAGCUGGCUUCUACUAUCAGUCCAUAUUUUGUCCAAACUCACGAGUUGACAACAGCGCAGAGCGGACUCAGUCUUAUACCUCAAUCAGUGGGAGCUACUAUUGGGGCUAUCCUGACAGGCAUUAUUGUGAAACGCACGGGGCGUUAUAAGGCGUGUGCCAUAAUCGGACUCUGUGUCGCCAUUGUGAGUCACGUAAUAAUUAUUGUUCGUUGGUCAGUCUUCGAGCCAUUUAUGUGGGAGUUGAUAUACACAGCAACUGCCGGGUUCGGGGCUACAAUGAGCUGCUCAGCCCAAUUUGUUGCGCUGAGCUCUGCUGUUUCUGAGAAACAAAUUACCGUCGCCAUCACGUCGUACUAUCUUUUCCAGCAAAUUGGGAACAUGAUUGGUAUUGCUUUGACACAACCUCUGCAGCGCCUCUUGUUCGAAAAGCUGCUUGGGAAAAAGAUUGGAACAGAUUUGGAAGCAGCAAAGGUAUGA